AUGCCACCAGCAGGCGGCAAGCGAUACCUAACCUCGACCGCAGUCUUUCUGAACGAAGUGAUCAAGCUAGCUAUCUCACUCACAAUGGCCCUCUAUGACGUCUCCAAAACCGCACCUCCAUCCAUGCCCGCUACAUCCCUCUUCUUUUCCCUCACAAACACCGUUUUCUCCGGCGACAGCUGGAAACUAGCUAUCCCCGCGGCUCUAGGCGUUCUUUCCAACUCCCUCCAAUACAUUGCGAUAUCCAAUAUGCGGGCUGCGACAUUUCAGGCCACAUUUCAAUUACAUUUUCUCACGACUGCGAUUUUCGGUCUGGUCCUUUUGCGACGCAGUAUCCCUACUCGAAAGUGGGCUCUGCUACUUCUAUUAAUCGUGGGCGUGGCUUUAAUUCAAAUUCCCGAUGCCAAUUCGACGGAUAUAACUGUGAACGAUGAGACUGCGGCUAGUUUCCCUCGAUCUAUUGAAGAGUGGAAGGCUGCGAAGGGUGCUGGUGCUGCUGCUGCUGGUGCAUUGCAAAAGCGUUCUGCUACAUAUGAAGGUAUCGAAGAGGAUACUCGGACUGCCGAUCUGAAUUUCAAUGCGACGAUUGGUCUCCUGGCUAUCGUUGGUGCGGCUUUCGCAUCAGGCUUUGGUGGUGUUUUCUUUGAGAAGAUCCUUCGUGAUAGUUCGAGUCAUACUUCUUUGUGGGUGCGCAAUGUGCAAAUGGCGAUUUAUUCGGUUUUUCCGGCUCUUUUUAUCGGAGUUGGGUUUCAGGAUGGGGAGAAGGUUUCCAAUGAUGGUUUCUUCCAGGGUUAUAACUGGGUUGUGUGGUCUACUAUCAUUGUUCAGGCCUUGGGUGGCAUUAUCUCGAUAUUCUCUGCGCGUCAUGCGCAUAAGCAGCCCAGCUGUGUGGAUACGACUGCAACUCUUAUCUUGAGUAUCGUUGGGAGUGUCGUUCUUUUCCAGUUCGAACUCACUGCAAGCUUUCUGCUCGGCGCUGCUUUGGUUUUGGUAGCUACGCACUACUACGGUAACCCCAGAUUCAAUCCUGCUGCAGGCAAGAUUAGCGUUGCUCGUCCACCACCUAUCCACAUAGACAACUACGAGAAGAAUGGCGCACUGGACGACUCUCCAGUCGCUGGCUCACCUAACGACUUUUCUAUCAAACUACCCACCACCCCGUUCUUGUCAGAUGCUGUUGCUGCUGUUAAUGGUGAAGCAUUAUAUUCCUGUCCACGUGAACCCUCUCCCACCCAUACACGCACCCUUCCACCCAACCCUUCACCUCACCGUCUUUCCAACCGUCCACCCACCCAUUCCAUUCCAUCUAUCUCAUCCCUAUUUACCCUUAGUAUAUUCGAGAUGAGACGCCAAAUCUCCCCAUCAACACCCUUUCAACCCCCUAAGCGUCGUCGAAUUGAAAGUCGAUUCUUCACCUCAUCCCCAAGCAGUGUUACAGGAAUCAUCGAUCAGAGACUCAUUGAUGGAUCUCAGCAAUCCCAACCUCGGUCUCUCUUUUCGAAUCCGAAUCAAGGAUCUAUCACACCCGCUCAUGAUGAGGAUACAGCCUUGGAUGCUUUUGAUCUUGAAUUACUUGCGCAGGAAGGCUUUCAAGCUCGUCCAGCUCAGCUACCAUCACAAAAACAAGAAACCUUUCAUCCCCGUCCAGGCACGCAGCAAAUCUCACACUUCGACAACAUCCUCCCCUCAAUCCGAGGAGUCCUCCUCAUCCCAGUAUCAGACCUCCCAGAACAAUACAGGCAACUCUUCUCCUUCCCACUAUUCAACGCAGUGCAAUCCAAAUGCUUCAACCCCACCUACAAAAGCAACGACAACCUCAUCCUCUCCGCCCCAACAGGAAGCGGCAAAACAGUUAUAAUGGAACUAGCCAUCUGCCGCCUCCUCAACAUCCUCAAAGACGAAAGAUUCAAAGUAAUUUACCAAGCACCUACAAAAUCUCUCUGCUCCGAACGUUUCCGAGACUGGAACUCCAAAUUCGCACCUUUAAAGCUCCGCUGCGCAGAAUUAACAGGAGAUACCGAUAACAGCCUUCUUCGAAAUGUUCAAAGCAGCCAGAUUAUCAUCACGACGCCUGAGAAAUGGGAUAGCAUGACGAGAAAAUGGAAAGAUCAUAUGCGACUUAUGCAGCUUGUUAAGCUCUUCUUGAUUGAUGAGGUUCAUAUACUUAAGGAGUCGAGGGGGGCUACGCUUGAAGCUGUUGUUUCGAGAAUGAAGAGUAUCGGGAGCAAUGUGAGGUUUGUUGCGUUGAGUGCGACUGUGCCUAAUUCGGAGGAUAUAGCUACUUGGCUUGGGAGGGAUGCGGUGAAUCAACAUGUUCCUGCGCAUAGGGAACAUUUUGGGGAGGAUUUUAGGCCGGUGAAGUUGCAGAAGUUUGUUUAUGGGUAUAUGUCAUCUUCGAAUGAUUUUGCUUUUGAUAAGCUUUGCGGGUCGAAGUUACCUGAGAUAAUUGAGGGGCAUUCGUGUCGAAAGCCCAUUAUGAUCUUUUGUUGUACUCGGAACUCUUCUGUGGCGACAGCCAAGGAGCUGGCUCGUUUGUGGAACAUGACGAAUCCACCUGCUAGAAUGUGGAGGGGACCCAGCAGACAGAUUGAGGUUAACAAUGAAGAUCUUCGCACAACGAUUUCUGCUGGAGUCGCAUUCCACCACGCCGGUCUUGGUCCAAGUGACAGACGCGUCGUGGAAAGAGGAUUCCUAGACGGACACAUCAACGUGAUAUGCUGCACUUCAACACUCGCAGUAGGUGUAAACUUACCAUGUCACCUCGUCGUAAUCAAAAACACAGUCGGCUGGCAAGAGGGAUGCUGCAAAGAAUACUCCGAUCUAGAGAUGAUGCAAAUGCUCGGUCGUGCAGGAAGACCUCAAUUCGACGACAGCGCAGUCGCAGUUAUCCUCACGAGAAAAGAGCGAGUAUCACACUAUGAACGACUUGUUUCGGGGACUGAAAGCCUCGAAAGUUGCUUACAUUUGAAUCUCAUUGAUCAUUUGAAUGCGGAAAUCGGACUUGGAAACGUGACAGAUGUUACGACGGCUACUAAGUGGUUAGCGGGGACUUUUCUUUUCGUCAGACUCCGUCGGAACCCUACUUAUUACAAGCUUAAGGAGGGAGCUAGCGAGGAGGAUGAAGAUGAGUUGCUUAGGCAGAUAUGUGAGAAGGAUAUUGCGCUUCUUCGGGAGUGCAGACUUGUUGAGAGCGGAAGACUACGGUCAACAUCGUUUGGGGACGCGAUGGCUCGGUAUUAUGUUCGGUUUGAAACGAUGAAGAUUCUUCUUAGUUUGGAACGAUGUGCUACAAUUCCACAACUUCUCGAUGUCAUCGUUCAAGCUGAAGAAUUCCGAGAAAUCAGAUUCAAAGCCGGUGAAAAAUCACUAUACAAAGAAAUAAACCGUGACCAGGGAAUCCGAUACCCAAUCAAAAUCGACAUAGCUCUUCCAUCUCACAAGAUUUCUCUCCUCCUUCAGUCCGAACUGGGUGCAGUCGAAUGUCCCGCCGGAGACCAAUUCAACAAGCACAAGUUCCCCUUUCAGCAAGAUAAGAGCAUGGUCUUCGCCCAUGUGAACAGAAUUAUACGAUGUAUAAUUGACUGUCUCAUUGCACGGGAGGACUCAAAAUCUAUUCUGAGUGCAUUGGAGUUAGCACGGAGUUUCGGUGCAAAGGUUUGGGACCAAUCUCCACUUCAGAUGAAGCAGAUUGAGCAGGUGGGCGUGGUAGCUGUUCGGAAGUUAGCCGCGGGUGGAAUAACGAGUAUUGAGGAACUUGAGAACUGUGAGGCUCAUCGCAUUGAGAUGGUUCUUAGUAAGAAUCCUCCAUUUGGAACGAAGCUGUUGUCUCGAUUGAAAGAUUUUCCGAAAUUGCGCAUCUCUGUGAAAAUGACAAACAGGGAUGCGAAAAAUGGUGCUAGCAAGCUUCAGAGUAGCUUAGAGAUCACCCUUGUCGCUGACUUGAAAGCUCCGGAUCAUUAUAUUGUCUGUCAUGCGAUGUGCGAUGAUAUUGCUGGAACUGCAAGAGAAGCUGAGAUUAAGCCGAACAUAUCUUCAUACUUUGCAUCAAAGCCAAGCGGAUUGCCCAAGGUGCAGAACUCCAAAAGCCUCACAUUCCAUCGUACUGGGUCUUCCCGAUCUGAAUCGCAGAAGAUGUCUGUAUUCGAACCAGAUAUAUUUGACGGUGAUGACCUGGGGCUGGACGACUUUCUCAUCGCGGAUCAGCGCCGGUCGAGCCCAAAGAAACCCCAAAAGGCAAAAGCAAAUGAUACCGAGAACUUUGAAGAACUUGACUGGCUGUCUAUUAGUGACACUACUCCGAGUCCCCGCCACACUGAGAAAGAUCAAAAGACUAAAGAUGAAGAGUGGAUCCUCGAGGCAGAGUCCCAGGACCAAGAGAAAUAUAAGCCAGUCCAGCUUGACAAUGGGAAUUGGGCUUGUAAUCACAGAUGCAAAGAUAAGACAUGUUGCAAACACUUGUGUUGUCGAACUGGUCUCGAAAAACCACCGAAGGCUGCUAAAAAGCGAGCUCCUGCAACCCCGAAGCCUAGAGGGUUGAACCAGUUAACUCUGUCAGCGACAAUAACCAAAAGCGAUAGUGCGAAGCAAGCUCAGAAAGUUCCUACGAAGCCAAAGGCGGUAGAACGAAGUCUGUCCAAUUCGUCGAGUGGACGAGGUGCAAAACAAGCUCAGAAAGGCUCCACGAAGUCAAAGAAAAAGCCAGUAGAACGAAGCCUUUCAAACUUGUCGAAAGGACGGAAGGAAGCCAGAAGAUCCAAAUCAGAUACUAGCGGUCGCAAAGAUGGUAUUCGCUCUUCAGGGAAACCAAAGAAAAUCCAAACUACCCUGAAAGCGAACACGAGUGGUUACAAUGACGAUGACGAUGACUUCAGCGACUUCCCUUCACAGUCAGAGCUUCUGAAGGAUCUCACAUCUAUCUUCCGACAACCACCUUCAUUCAAAAUCCCAGAGAUUGAAAGUGGAAAGGUAACCUGGGUUGAUUUGACUAAAGAUGAUUCGACACCUGAUUCGACAGAAAUGAAUACAUCAGGACUGGACACUGCAAAUGCAAAGAGUUUUCUAGCAUCAGCAGAUGCAACACGACUAUCGUCAACACCAAAUCAAACAAGAAGCACUAAUAUUUUCCUUGCCUCUUCUCCCAGCAAGAAUAUUUUCACAAGUCCAGAGAACACGAACAGCACAGCGCUGACUACGCCUUUGACUAUUCAAUCGGUGAAUACUUGCAGCCUAAAGCGGAAUGGAAGUACCAUUCAUGAGACUAGUGACCUCAAGAUCCAGAAAAGGGUCGAGGGAUAUCAGACACAAGAAGUCUUGUCGACGUUAGACACGACCGCUAUGGAAUCUGCAACACAUUCUCAGUCUGAGUCUGAGGCGUCCCCUGGAUGGGAGGAUGUGGAUCGACUAUUACUUGAAGAGUUCAGGGAUGUUAUCAACUUUUACUAA